GCUGCGCGCGUUCCCGGUGCAGGCUUGACGCUCUGCGCGUUCCUGUGAGUAGCUGCAAAGAUGGCGGCGCUCAUCUCUCUCACACAGCUCUCCACUGGUAAUCUGUUAUAUGAAACAUAUUACAAGCAAGUGGAUCCAGCUCAUACUGGCAGGGUAGGACCAUCAGAAGCAGCACUCUUCCUCAAAAAGUCUGCACUUUCAGAUGUUGUCCUUGGAAAGAUUUGGGACCUGGCAGAUCCAGAGGGAAAAGGUUACUUAGAUAAACAGGGAUUUUUUGUUGCUUUGCGGUUAGUGGCCUGUGCGCAAAGUGGACAUGAAGUUAACUUGGUCAGCCUAAAUAUACCAGUGCCACCUCCCAAAUUUAAUGAUACCAGCAGUCCCCUUUUGAUCACGCCGCCUCCUGUUGAAGGUCUUUGGUCUGUUCGGACAGAAGAGAAAGCCAAGUUUGAUGGAAUUUUUGAUAGCUUAUUACCAGUGAAUGGUUUACUAUCUGGAGACAAAGUAAAGCCGGUACUGAUCAACUCCAAGCUACCUCUGGACAUACUAGGACGGGUUUGGGAACUAAGUGAUAUAGACAAGGAUGGACAUUUGGACAGGGAUGAGUUUGCAGUGGCAAUGCAUCUUGUAUACCGAGCGCUGGAGAAGGAGCCUGUCCCAUCUGUCCUACCACAAUCCUUGAUACCCCCAGCCAAGAGGAAGAAAACACCCACAUUCCCAGGAGCUGUCGCUGUGCUUCCUGCUAGUCCCCCACCAAAGGACAGUUUACGUUCUACUCCGUCUCAUGGCAGUAUGAGCAGUUUAAACAGUGCUGGGAGUUUGUCACCAAAACACUCCACAAAGUCUAGCCAGCCUGCUUUGAAUUGGGUGGUACCUCUCACAGAUAAGAUUCGCUAUGAUGACAUAUUCCUUCAGACUGACUUGGACAUGGAUGGUUAUGUUAGCGGGCUGGAAGUAAAGGAUAUAUUCAUUCAGUCUGGACUCCCUCAAACAAUUUUGGCUCACAUAUGGGCUUUGGCUGAUACGAGGCAGAUGGGAAAGUUGAACAAAGACCAGUUCGCACUGGCAAUGUACUUUAUACAGCAGAAAGUCAGCAAAGGAAUUGAUCCACCUCAAGUCUUGUCUCCUGACAUGAUUCCGCCAGCGGAAAGAAGCACUCCCUUACAGACCCUGUCUGGUUACAUGACCCCUGUAGGAAACGAGAUGACAAGCUUGCCAGAAAUACGGCGUGACAGCUCAAGCUCUGUUGGAUCUGGAGACUUUACUGGGGUAAAGGAACUAGAUGAAAUAAGUCAGGAGAUUGCCCAGCUGCAGAGAGAAAAAUAUGCUCUUGAGCAGGACAUCAGAGAGAAAGAGGAGGCCAUAAGGUACAAAACCACAGAGGUACAGGAGUUACAGAAUGAUCUAGACCGGGAAACGUCAACAUUACAGGAACUGGAAGCACAAAAGCAAGAUGCACAAGACAGGCUAGAUGAAAUGGACCAACAAAAAGCAAAAUUAAAAGACAUGCUGAGUGAUGUAAGGCAGAAGUGCCAGGAGGAAGGGCAAAUGAUUUCUUCUUUAAAGGUACAGAUUCAGUCCCAGGAGUCAGAUGUGCAGGCACAAGAGGAUGAGCUUAAUAGAGCCAAAUCAGAACUCAACAGAUUACAGCAGGAAGAAACUCAACUGGAGCAGAGUAUCCAGGCUGGCAAAGUUCAACUGGAGACCAUUAUUAAGUCAUUAAAAUCCACACAAGAGGAAAUCAACCAGGCUCGAAGUAAGUUAUCACAGCUUCAGGAGAGUCAGGAAGAAAUGAACAAAAGCAUUGAACAAUACAACAGCGCUCUCAAUGGAGAUCAUGGGGGCAGUAUGAAUAAUCUUGCAGAUGCUGAGACAUUUUCUUCCCGAGAGAGGCUGGACCUUUCCACAUCAGCGGAUGAUCCGUUUAAAAGUAAAACCCACCUUUUCAACAGCAGCAACAACAACCAAGACCUCUACUCUGACCCAUUCCAAACUGAAGAUCCCUUUACUGCUGAUCCUUUCAAAGGGGCAGACCCUUUCAAGAGCAAUCCAUUUGGCGAUGAUCCUUUUAAAGAAAGUGAUCCUUUCCAUGCUCCCACUGCUGAUGACCCUUUCCAGAAAACCAGCAAAAGUGAUCCUUUUUCUGCUGAUCCUUUCACAAAGAAUAGUGUCCACUCCAUGACUCUGCCACUAAAGGUCUCACAGAAAUUCCCACUUUUAUCUGAUCCUUUUGAGAGCAGAGAUCCUUUCUCCUCUUCAACACUGCCAAAGAAAGAAUCAGAUCCAUUUGGAACUCUGGACCCUUUUGGAGGCAGUGCAUUCAACAGUAAUGAAAGUUUUGCUGACUUUAGCCACAUGUCCAAGCACCAAACUCCUGAUCCCUUUGCAGCUACUUUUCCAGGCUCUGGUUUCUCAGAGGACCCCUUUAAAAGCAAACAUGACAUGCCAGCACUGCCUCCCAAGAGAAGUGUCCCACCACGGCCAAAGCCUCCAAGUGGUAAAAACACCCCAGUGAGUCAGCUGAGUACAACACAUUUCCAGAAGCCCAGUGACCCAUUCCAGCCAUUUGGGACAGAACCAGGGGACCCUUUUCAUAGUCGGAAGGCAUUCACAGACCCCUUCAGUGGAAAAGACCCUUUUGCCACUACACAGCCAGGAAAACACUCUAAGGGAACAUCUGCCGGGUUUGCAAACUUUGGCUCUUUUGGGAACGAGGACCAACAGCUAGCAUGGGCCAAACGAGAGAGCCAGAGGGCAGAAAAAGAAAGACUAGAUCGUUUAAAACGACAGGAACAAGAAGAUCUGGAGCUAGCUAUUGCUCUCAGCAAAGCAGAAAUGCCCAGCUCUUGAGAACUGCAUCAUCUCCUGUACCCGUAUACCCUGUGACCAUGUGACAAUAUGCCAACUGUAUGAUGACAAAAAAAAGAGAGAGAGGGAGAUGAAAGUUGAAUACGCCAUCACUUUUGAUGUCUUUUAUUUUUUAACAACUAGCCAAUCAUGGGAGAAUGUUGGUUUCGCCUGGCUGCCAUACAGUUAUGACAUUUAAUGGAAGGUUUCGUCGUAUUCAGCUGAAAAAAAAUCCCACACAGUGACACAGUUGGAGCCAUCGUAUUAUUUGGUUUUCUCUUGAAUGGCAUCGAGGAGAAUUUUAUUUUAAGAUUUUUGCACCCACAAACAAAAAGUUUGAACUGAAUUCUGCAUAUUCUCAUAUUUUUAUCGAUGACAGGUUGAACAUAGAAGCUCUACAUAGCAUAAGAAAGGGGAAUCAAAAUAUCUUUCCCCAUCCUCGUGUUUCCUGUAUUUUUUUUUAUUUGCUUUUACAGUUACUGAUCUCUAACUAUAAAAAGGCAGCUAGCUCAGCAGUACAGAACUGCAGCAUUUCCAGUGUUACAUAUCACUACCAGAAAAUAUAAUUGGUUAAAGAUUGACUAAUGUUUAAAAUAAUAAUUCUGUGCUGGAGGGAAUUGUGAUAUGUUGUUACACUGUAGGAAACUGGCAUCCGUUUGGAUCAUAGGAGUAGUGUGCACCAUUUCUGUACACGGAAGAGAAUAGAUUACGUUUUGCGUGUGUCUGUUUUUAAACGCUAGAUAAGUGCUAUCUGAUGAUCUAGGUUAUAGAUCUUGUAAUAAAUGCAAUUUGUGCAUUAUUUUAAAGCAAUGCAUUACACAUUAAAGGUAAUUCCCACCCAUACCUGCUA